GGAAUUCAUAGAAACGGUGAUCGAAAAAUGUCUCUGACGGGCGUUAAGAUGUCCGAAGAUGUCUGGUUUACUUGCCUCACUCAUGCAUUGUCCACGGAGACUGAAGAAAUCAUGGGACUUCUCCUUGGCGAUAUUGAGAAAAUGGUAGUGUAACUGCACUAAUUUGGGGAGCAUCGCCUCAGACGCGGUCUGACAGAAGGAAGGACCGCGUGGAGACUCAUCCUGAACAAUUGGCUGCUGCAUCUGCCCAGGCUGAGAUAUCCUUCGCUUCUUUUAUCUUUAUGAAAUUCUUCAUCUUCUAGACAUUGUCCUAUUCUUCUCAGUUCAUGUUGAUGCAUCCUCUGUAGUGCAUCUUCUUUUACUUUAUCAUUUAAAUCCAUUAUUUGUCAAUGGUCUUGACAAAUGAAAAUAUUUAUACUAUGAGCCCUAGGGAGUGGCCCCAUUGGCUUAGGCCUGCGGUCUCUGAGUGACACCUAUCUAAAGAUCAUCUAUUCAAAUUUUCGGGCGAGUUUAAUAAAGAAAACCUUUGAUGUCUCUAGAGUCUAGGCCACCUUAGGGUGGGUACAAACUUUGAGAAAAACAAGUACUAUGAUGAAGAAUGUUUUUGUAUGGUAUAUGUUUAAAUUAUUGGGGAUCUAGCAAAGUGGAAAAUAAGAAAGAAAAAAGUUCUAUUGAACAAUCAGUUUCCUAGUUUAAUAUAGUUUUUUACUGGUUAUAAGAGGAAUAGAGGAGGUUGUUCUAUGGGGCCUUGUUAAAUUUUAUGAGUGAUCGAAUUUCAUUAUGUUCUCUACUUUUGAGAGUAGAAAAUGGUAGAAACUGAUUUUUAAAACCAUUGCUAGCUUUGUGAAGCAGUUUAACGUAAGUAGGUUAAUUAUGCAAAUUUGAAGAUGAGUAGUUUGUUACUUGUUUUUUUAAAAAAAAAAAAAAAUCAAAACCCGAAUGAAUCUUUUGGUUAUUUGUUCUUCCACUAGUGAUUAAAUCUAUAUGAAGUUAUUUUUAUUUUUUUCAAUAUUGUUAUAUACUUAAUUUUAUAGAACAGAAUGACAGCAAUGACUGGGAGAACAACAAGAGUUAUUGGGUGGUACCAUUCACAUCCUCAUAUUACAGUGCUUCCUUCACAUGUUGAUGUUCGAACUCAGGGGACAUAUCAGCUCCUUGAUUCUGGGUUUAUUGGGCUGAUAUUUUCCUGCUUUAGUGAAGAUGCAAAUAAGGUUGGAAGAAUUCAAGUUAUUGCUUUUCAGUCCUCGGAUGGGAAGCAAAAUCACCAAUCAAGACCUAUUUCUUUGUCUCCUGUAUAUCGAAAUUCAGUGAUUGAUGUUGAAUCUUCAUUGAGUUCCUCUGAUAACUUAUCAGCAAAUGUGGGCUAUGGACCAAGGGAGAGUCCUGAACAGGAUACUGGUGAUUCAAUGAUUGCUGGAACUCUUAAGGGAACUGGACGAUCUUCGGAGUUGGGUUAUUUCUUUGCUAAUGCUGACACCAACUAUCAAGGAAAAGGGAAAAUCGGAGGAAGCUAUCUUACUAAGAAUGCAAACAGCGGAAUUACUGAUAUUGAUCCAAUGGACUUGUCUGAAAGUAUGCAAGAAGCAAUGCACCGCUCAAAUAUUGAAAUGAGUGCUGCCGCAUUCUCAAGGAAGGAGAUUCCUCUUCAUGUUAUGCCAACUGCCUCGCUCAUAAAGCUUGAUUCACCAUUAAUGUCUUUUACAGAUUUACAGCAGGUUCUGUUUGAAGAGGAGAGAUCAGCUUAUAACCAAGCCGUCUUGUAUAAUAUGAAGGAUGGGAAAGUGCAUCCGCUGACAUUCAUACAUCACACAUCAACAUAUCAGGCUUCAAUGUGCAAGUUGAUUGAAUAUUGUGUUAGUCCUGUCAUAAGUGCACUUCAGGACCGUGCAAAAGAGAAUGAAAUUCGGUUAGCUUUGCUGGCUGAGGAAGCCAGGAAUUUGGAAGUUGAGGCUGCAAAAGCAAACGAGUCAGUCCCAGGAUCACCUCACCAAGUUCAUGGAUCUCGAGCAAGUGCUUCGACAAAUCCCAGGGACUUAUAUCCUUCAACUGCAUCUGUUGGUGCACGAAGUGCAGGAAGCUCCAUUCACCAGAGUAGAAAGGGGUUGUGAUGAUUUUUGCACCAACGACUUGUUUUCCGAAUUCCCGAAAGCCCGUAUUAUAGCAUUCGGGUGCUUUUGUGUGCAUAAAAACGAUCUGAAGUAUAGAAGAGAGGUCAAAUGGCAUUCAUUCAAGGUACCAACAUUUCAUCUUCAUGAUAUUAGAUACCGUCUAAAAAUGGGUUUUGAUCGGGUAGUAGAAGCAUGCUGUUGAAUCCACUUAUAUCAGUAUGGAUAAGUUGCAAAUUAACAGCAGUCUAGAUGUGUAUGCUUUCUGAUGACCAAAAUGAAGUUUCAGCAGCAAUGCAAGAAAAUUCAUGAAAGUGGUCUCUUUUUUUGCUUUCCCUAUAGUGUAAAGAAUAGGGAUUAAAUGUGCAUCACAAUGAACACGUAGUUUUU